AUGCCAACAAAUCUGGCGAAUUACUUUGCCGGUAAAAAAGAUACGGAAAAUGAGCAUGUAAAUACAAAUGCUAGUCACGAAAGUAACAAAUGUAAUGAUAAUGUUGCUGCUAUCGAUAACGACAAUGACGGUGAAGAUAUGGGACCUUCAGUAUCGAUGGCUGUUCAAGCAAAAAAUGAUGAUGAAUUCCAUAAAUCAACUUUCAAUCUGAAAAGAACAAGAUCGAUGGGCCUGCUCGAUGAAUAUAUCGAUCCCACUAAGAAACUGUUAGGAAGGUCUGACGACUUAUAUGAUGACGACAACGAAUAUUAUGACAACUCAUCUGACAAUUCUUCAAGCAAUUCUCCAGAUGAUGACUACGAUGAUGAUUACCACGACCACUCAACUUCCGUUUCUCCACCAUCUGCAGACAACGAUAGCUACUUGAUCCCACAGGAUGAUAAUGACGUGGUGGUGGAACCGGAAAGACAUGUAGAUUACCUCUCACAUAAGUGGAAGGAGUCAGAAAUUUCCAACUCUUGGAAAUAUAUUAUCUUAAAGAAAAAGAAAAGAGAUGUGGAUCUAGUUAAUGCUGCUAGACUAGAAAACGCCUCAUGGAGAACAUGGGCAAAGGCAAGAAAUAAUUUGAAAACGGUAUCUCCAGAAGUGGUCAAUUGGUCAAAGGAUUCUGAUGUCACGUGGCUAUAUGGUCCUAUCGUUCGCGAUUCUGAAGGCAAUGCCCAAAGUGAGGAGGAGCAUGAUAUAGAGAGGGGUUAUGGUUCAGAUGAUGAAAAUUCCAAAAGAAUGUCAAAUCCCACCAAGAAAUCAAAAUCACCAGCAACUGCUCCCAAACCUAUUUUGAAGAAAAGGACAGUCACAGAAAUUAUAGAGGAUAAUGCUUUGUGGAAACUAAAUGAGGCAAGGAAGCAUAUGACGGAGAUGAAACAUGCCUCAGUAAUAAUGGAUCCCAACGGUAAUAAAGACGUUCAUGACGAUUUUGAUGCCUUAGCUGCCCAAGUUAAUGCCCAAUACUAUCAUUAUCCAAAGAAAUCAGACAGUAACGUUAGUUUGAAAAGUCAGCCUUCAGAUAAAAACGACGCUUUUUCUGUCAUACCGAAUUCCUGGGAGGCAAAUCCAAAUGGCGACAAUGAUAGUGGCAAAGAAAAUAUGCUCUUGAAAUCGGCCCUUCGUGUCCAAAAAAAUCCGUCAAUUACACAUUCAGAUAGAGGCAUACUGAAGGAUACAAGUGGUCAUGUUUUAGCUGAAAAUGUGGAUUCCUCCUCACGUUCUGAUCUCCAGCAAUCCUCUUCAUUUAAAUCUAAUUCCAACAGGGACAACGAAAAUAAUUCGAUGGGAUUAUCGUCAAUAUUAACUUCGAGCCCAAGCGAAAAAUCCAACAAGUCCACUAAAAACAGGCAUAUACAUUUCAACGACAGAGUGGAACAAUGUAUGGCACUACGAUAUCCUGCAUCACAAUCGGAAGGUGGUGAAGGUGAUGACGAAGGCAGAGAAAGCGUUGAUGCUGACAAUAAUGCGAACGUUACCACCAUAAACAACAACAGGAUGCCAUUGUUAGCUGCUCAACAUGAAUCUACUACAGCCAACUCUGUAUCGAACCACCGUGAUAACGAUACGAGCGACGAUGAUUCUACAUCACCAUCAUCAUCGUCAUCUCAUUCGGAAGAUGAAGAACAUGGCGGUCUCUACAUUAAUGCUAGAUUUUCAAGAAGAUCUGAUUCUGGAGUUCACUCUCCAAUAACAGAUAACUCCUCUAUAGGGUCAUCUGUCACUUCCAGAUCUCAUGUGCGUCCCAUAAUAAAGCUACUUCCCGAUACGACUCUAAAUUAUGGAUCUGACGAAGAAUCCGAUAAUAGCGAAUUUAAUGGCUAUGGUAAUGCUGUCUCGCAUAACGUCAAUACUUCUAGAGGUUAUGAUUACAUAUACGAUUAUAAUUCGGUUUACACUGGCGAUACCUCUAGUUUCUUGCCAGUAGAUUCAUGUGAUAUUGUAGAUGUUCCAGAAGGAAUGGACCUGCAGACGGCUAUUGCCGAUGACAAUGCAUCUACCUAUGAGUUUAGCAAUGCUGUAGAGUCCAAAAAAAAACAUGAUCCACAACCGCAUAAAGCUUCGACGAAUGAUACUGAUCAUCAACAUGGAUCACACAUGCUAUUAUAUGACGAUGAUAAUUACAGCUCUUCGUCAGAUAGUGAACAACAGUUUAUUGAAGACUCCCAGUAUAAUAGUAGCGAUAACGAAGAGGAAGAAGAUGGUAACGACCAUGUGGUAGAUGAUAACCAAGACGAAGGAUUAUCACUGAGGAGAACCUUGUCGUUAGGAAAAUCUGGAUCUACUACUUCUCUACGCAAUAUGGCACAACCACCUUGUUCAGCAGUUCCUUCUUCUCAGUCCAAAAAUCCCAAGAAUUUUAUAGAGGGAACAACUGACGUUAACAAAGAUUCACAGCAGGCUGUUAGGCCGUAUCCACUAAAACGUAAUUCUUCUUCGGGAAACUUCAUAUUCAAUUCAGAGAGUGAGGAAGAGAGUAGCAGUGAUGAGGAACAGGGGCUAGUACCAAUAACCAAUCAAUUGGAUAAAGGAGUUACUACAAAAAGCGAUGCAGUCUUCAACCCAGCAAACAUCCGAGCUCAAAAAGAGACACCUCCCCCAAAGCCGCCAAAUGCAUCCGAUAGCUCACAAAGCUUUAGAAUUGUAAAUAAUACUCCUUCACCUGCCGAAGUGGGAUCCAGUGAUGUUGCCAUAGAAGGUUACUUUUCUCCAAGAAAUGAAUCAAUUAAGUCUGUUGUUUCAGAGGGACGUAUAAUAGACCAUCAGGACCACUCAGAAAUGGACAAUUUGACUAAAGGAUUUGAAAACUGUCAUAUAAAUGAUGUAGACAAGACAAAAAACAAAAAAGUUGAUAAUGUCCAAAUCACAGGGAAAGAGACUUCUAUGACAGAUGCAAGUAACGAAAGUCUACAAAAAGUAAUGCAAAAUGCAAAAGGUAUGGCAAGCAAGUACUUGCAUCCGUGGAAAAGAGCUGAUGAAAGGCAACGAGAAAGCAGUAGCAGUAGCAGUUAA